CGGGCGGGCAGCGCCGCGGCGCGCGCGAUGAUGGCGGCGGCGGCCGCGGCCCGGGGAGGCGGCGGUGGCGGCGCCGGCGGCGGCUCCGGCGGCGGCUCCGGCUCGGGCUCCGGCUCCAGCGCCUCGCGGGGUUUCUAUUUCAAUACUGUCCUGUCGCUGGCGCGCUCCCUGGCGGUGCAGAGACCGGCAUCCUUGGAGAAGGUCCAAAAGCUGCUUUGCAUGUGCCCAGUAGACUUCCAUGGAAUCUUCCAGCUGGAUGAAAGACGGAGAGAUGCAGUGAUUGCACUGGGCAUUUUUCUUGUAGAGUCUGAUCUUCAGCACAAAGAUUGUGUGGUGCCUUACCUUCUUCGGCUUCUCAAAGGUCUUCCAAAAGUGUAUUGGGUAGAAGAAAGCACAGCUCGGAAAGGCAGAGGUGCCCUCCCGGUUGCAGAGAGCUUCAGUUUCUGCCUGGUGACUUUGCUGUCUGACGUGGCUUAUCGGGACCCUUGUCUCAGAGAUGAGAUUUUGGAGGCGCUUUUACAGGUUUUACAUGUUCUUUUGGGAAUGUGCCAGGCCGUGGAGAUUCAAGAAAAAGAAUACCUUUGCAAGUAUGCAAUACCCUGCCUGAUAGGAAUCUCACGAGCGUUUGGACGUUACAGCAACACGGACGAGUCUCUCCUCUCAAAGCUCUUUCCCAAAGUCCCUCCUCACUCCCUCCGCGUCCCAGAAGAGCUCGAAGGUGUCCGGAGGCGUUCCUUCAAUGACUUCCGCUCCAUCCUCCCCAGCAAUCUGCUGACUGUCUGUCAGGAGGGAACCCUGAAGAGGAAAACCAGCAGUGUGUCUAGCAUCUCCCAGGUCAGCCCUGAGCGUGGCAUGCCCCCUCCCGGCUCGCCUGGAGGAUCCGCCUUUCACUACUUUGAAGCCUCUUGCCUGCCUGAUGGGACUGCCCUGGAGCCCGAGUAUUACUUCUCCACCAUCAGUUCCAGUUUCUCAGUCCCGCCCCUGUUCAACGGCAUCACCUGUAAGGAGUUCAGUAUUCCCCUAGAAAUGCUGCGGGAGCUCUUGAACUUGGUGAAGAAGAUUGUCGAGGAACCUGUUCUCAAAUCCCUGGAUGCGGUUGUGACCAGCGUGAUGGAGGCCAACCCCAGCGCCGAUCUCUACUACACCAGCUUCAGCGACCCCCUCUACCUGACCAUGUUCAAGAUGCUGCGCGACACUCUGUACUACAUGAAGGACCUCCCGACCUCCUUUGUGAAGGAGGUCCAUGACUUCGUGCUGGAGCAGUUCAACACAAGCCAGGGAGAGCUCCAGAAGAUUCUCCACGAUGCAGACCGGAUCCACAACGAGCUGAGCCCCCUCAAGCUGCGCUGCCAGGCCAAUGCCGCCUGUGUGGACCUCAUGGUGUGGGCUGUGAAGGACGAGCAGGGCGCAGAAAAUCUUUGCAUCAAGCUGUCUGAGAAGCUGCAGUCCAAGACCUCCAGCAAAGUCAUCAUUGCCCAUUUGCCCUUGCUCAUCUGCUGUCUGCAGGGUUUGGGCCGCCUGUGUGAGAGGUUCCCGGUGGUGGUACACUCGGUGACACCGUCAUUGCGAGACUUCCUGGUCAUCCCAUCCCCAGUGCUGGUGAAACUGUAUAAGUACCACAGUCAGUACCACACAGUUGCUGGCAAUGAUAUAAAAAUCAGUGUCACCAAUGAGCAUUCCGAGCCGACCCUGAAUGUCAUGUCGGGCAAGAAGAACCAGCCCUCCAUGUACGAGCAGCUCCGGGACAUCGCCAUCGACAACAUCUGCAGGUGCCUGAAGGCCGGCCUGACGGUGGACUCUGUGAUCGUGGAGGCCUUCCUGGCCAGCCUCUCCAACCGGCUCUACAUUUCCCAGGAGAGUGACAAGGAUGCUCACCUGAUUCCCGACCACACCAUCCGAGCCCUGGGACACAUCGCCGUGGCCCUGAGGGACACCCCGAAGGUCAUGGAGCCAAUUCUGCAGAUCUUGCAGCAGAAGUUCUGUCAGCCGCCUUCACCCCUCGACGUGCUCAUCAUCGACCAGCUGGGCUGCCUGGUCAUCACCGGGAAUCAAUACAUUUAUCAGGAAGUGUGGAACCUCUUCCAGCAGAUCAGCGUGAAGGCCAGCUCCGUCGUGUACUCGGCCACCAAAGAUUACAAAGACCACGGCUACAGGCAUUGCUCCCUGGCGGUGAUUAAUGCCCUGGCCAACAUCGCAGCCAACAUCCAGGAGGAGCACCUUGUGGAUGAGCUGCUCAUGAACCUGCUGGAAUUGUUCGUGCAGCUGGGGCUGGAAGGGAAGCGAGCCAGUGAGCGGGCGAGUGAGAAGGGGCCGGCCCUGAAGGCUUCUAGCAGUGCGGGGAACUUGGGAGUGCUCAUUCCUGUAAUAGCUGUGCUCACUCGACGGUUGCCGCCCAUCAAGGAAGCCAAACCUCGGUUACAGAAGCUCUUCCGGGACUUCUGGCUCUACUCCGUCCUGAUGGGGUUCGCUGUGGAAGGGUCAGGACUCUGGCCAGAAGAGUGGUACGAGGGCGUCUGUGAGAUAGCCACCAAGUCCCCCCUGCUCACCUUCCCCAGCAAGGAGCCGCUGCGGUCCGUGCUGCAGUACAACUCAGCCAUGAAGAACGACACGGUCACCCCCGCUGAGCUGAGCGAGCUCCGCAGCACCAUCAUCAACCUGCUGGACCCCGCUCCUGAAGUGUCCGCCCUCAUCAGCAAGCUGGACUUCGCUAUGUCCACCUAUCUCCUGUCUGUGUACCGGCUGGAGUACAUGAGGGUACUGCGUUCAACAGAUCCUGACCGCUUCCAGGUAAUGUUCUGCUACUUUGAGGAUAAAGCUAUUCAGAAAGACAAAUCGGGAAUGAUGCAGUGUGUGAUUGCCGUGGCAGACAAAGUAUUCGAUGCCUUCCUGAACAUGAUGGCGGACAAAGCAAAGACCAAGGAGAAUGAGGAGGAACUGGAGCGGCACGCGCAGUUCCUGCUGGUGAACUUCAACCACAUUCACAAGAGGAUCAGGAGGGUGGCGGACAAAUACCUGUCUGGCCUGGUGGAUAAGUUUCCCCACCUGCUGUGGAGCGGGACCGUCCUGAAGGCCAUGCUAGAUAUCCUGCAGACGCUGUCGCUGUCGCUGAGCGCCGACAUUCACAAGGACCAGCCUUACUAUGACAUCCCCGACGCCCCCUAUCGGAUCACCGUUCCCGACACAUGUGAAGCCCGGGAGAGCAUUGUGAAGGACUUCGCUGCGCGCUGUGGAAUGAUCCUGCAGGAGGCCAUGAAGUGGGCGCCCACAGUCACCAAGUCCCACCUGCAGGAAUAUCUGAACAAACAUCAGAACUGGGUGUCAGGCCUGUCCCAGCACACAGGGCUGGCCAUGGCCACCGAGAGCAUCCUGCACUUUGCCGGCUACAACAAACAGAACACAACUCUUGGGGCCACUCAGCUAACAGAGCGCCCAGCCUGCGUGAAGAAAGAUUACUCCAACUUCAUGGCAUCCCUGAAUUUGCGCAACCGCUACGCAGGCGAGGUGUACGGAAUGAUCCGUUUCUCGGGUGCCACAGGCCAGAGGUCCGACCUGAACAAGAUGCUGGUCCAGGAUCUGAAUUCGGCUUUGGAGCUCAGCAGCCCUCAGCACUACACGCAGGCCAUGUUCAAGCUGACCGCCAUGCUCAUCAGCUGCAGAGAUUGUGACCCACAGCUCCUGCAUCAUCUGUGUUGGGGCCCCCUGCGCAUGUUCAACGAGCACGGCAUGGAGACUGCCCUGGCCUGCUGGGAGUGGCUGUUGGCCGGCAAGAAUGGAGUGGAAGUGCCGUUCAUGCGGGAGAUGGCUGGGGCCUGGCAUAUGACCGUGGAGCAGAAGUUUGGCCUGUUCUCUGCUGAGAUAAAGGAGGCAGAUCCCCUGGCAGCCUCGGAAGCCAGCCAGCCCAGACCCUGUCCUCCGGAAGUGACCCCCCACUACAUCUGGAUUGAUUUCCUGGUGCAGCGGUUUGAGAUCGCCAAGUACUGCAGCUCUGACCAGGUGGAGAUCUUCUCCAGCCUGCUGCAGCGCUCGCUGUCCCUGAACAUCGGCGGGGCCAAGGGCAGCAUGAACCGGCACGUGGCAGCCAUCGGACCACGCUUCAAGCUGCUGACCCUGGGACUGUCACUGCUGCAUGCCGACGUGGUUCCGAAUGCCACCAUCCGCAACGUGCUUCGUGAGAAGAUCUACUCCACGGCCUUCGACUACUUCAGUUGUCCCCCAAAGUUCCCUACUCAAGGAGAAAAGCGGCUGCGAGAAGACAUCAGCAUAAUGAUUAAGUUUUGGACCGCCAUGUUCUCAGAUAAGAAGUACUUGACCGCCAGCCAGCUCGUCCCCCCAGAUAACCAAGACACCCGGAGCAACCUGGACAUUACUGUGGGCUCCCGGCAACAAGCCACGCAAGGCUGGAUCAACACCUACCCCCUGUCCAGCGGCAUGUCGACCAUCUCCAAGAAGUCAGGCAUGUCUAAGAAAACCAACCGGGGCUCCCAGCUGCACAAGUACUACAUGAAGCGCAGGACGCUGCUGCUCUCCCUGCUGGCCACCGAGAUUGAGCGUCUCAUCACAUGGUACAAUCCACUGUCGGCCCCGGAGCUGGAGCUGGACCAGGCUGGAGAGAACAGCGUGGCCAACUGGAGGUCCAAGUACAUCAGCCUGAGCGAGAAGCAGUGGAAGGACAAUGUGAACCUCGCCUGGAGCAUUUCUCCUUACCUGGCCGUGCAGCUGCCAGCCAGGUUUAAGAACACAGAGGCCAUCGGGAAUGAAGUGACCCGUCUGGUUCGGUUGGACCCAGGAGCUGUUAGCGAUGUCCCUGAAGCUAUCAAGUUCCUCGUCACCUGGCACACCAUCGACGCCGAUGCUCCUGAGCUCAGCCACGUGCUGUGCUGGGCACCCACGGACCCGCCCACAGGCCUCUCCUACUUCUCCAGCAUGUACCCCCCACACCCCCUCACAGCGCAGUACGGGGUGAAAGUCCUGCGGUCCUUCCCCCCGGACGCCAUCUUGUUCUACAUCCCCCAGAUCGUGCAGGCCCUCAGGUAUGACAAGAUGGGCUACGUGCGCGAGUAUAUCCUGUGGGCAGCAUCCAGAUCCCAGCUGCUGGCACACCAGUUUAUCUGGAACAUGAAGACUAACAUCUACCUCGACGAGGAGGGGCACCAGAAAGACCCUGACAUCGGCGACCUCCUGGAGCAGCUAGUGGAGGAGAUCACAGGCUCCCUGUCGGGUCCAGCCAAGGAUUUCUACCAGCGGGAGUUCGAUUUCUUUAACAAGAUCACCAACGUGUCGGCCAUCAUCAAACCCUACCCUAAAGGUGAUGAGAGGAAGAAGGCUUGUCUGUCAGCCCUGUCUGAAGUGAAGGUGCAACCAGGCUGCUACCUGCCCAGCAACCCGGAGGCCAUCGUUCUAGACAUCGACUACAAGUCGGGGACACCGAUGCAGAGUGCUGCGAAAGCCCCGUACCUGGCCAAGUUCAAGGUGAAGCGAUGUGGAGUUAGUGAGCUCGAGAAGGAAGGUCUACGGUGCCGCUCCGACUCUGAGGAAGAAGGCUGCGAGCAGGAGGCCGACGGCCAGAAGAUCUGCUGGCAGGCAGCCAUCUUCAAAGUGGGAGACGACUGUCGGCAGGACAUGCUGGCGCUGCAGAUCAUCGACCUGUUCAAGAACAUCUUCCAGCUCGUCGGCCUGGACCUCUUCGUUUUUCCCUACCGGGUGGUGGCCACCGCCCCUGGGUGUGGCGUGAUCGAGUGCAUCCCUGACUGCACCUCCCGAGACCAGCUGGGCCGCCAGACGGACUUCGGCAUGUACGACUACUUCACGCGCCAGUACGGGGACGAGUCCACCCUGGCCUUCCAGCAGGCGCGCUACAACUUCAUCCGGAGCAUGGCCGCCUACAGCCUGCUGCUGUUCCUGCUGCAGAUCAAGGACAGGCACAACGGCAACAUCAUGCUGGACAAGAAGGGCCACAUCAUCCACAUCGACUUCGGCUUCAUGUUUGAAAGCUCACCAGGCGGCAACCUGGGCUGGGAGCCAGACAUCAAGCUCACGGACGAGAUGGUGAUGAUCAUGGGGGGCAAGAUGGAGGCCACACCCUUCAAGUGGUUCAUGGAGAUGUGCGUCCGUGGCUACCUGGCCGUGCGGCCCUACAUGGAUGCAGUCGUCUCCCUGGUCACUCUCAUGUUGGACACGGGCCUGCCCUGUUUCCGCGGCCAGACAAUCAAGCUCUUGAAGCACAGGUUUAGCCCCAACAUGACGGAGCGGGAGGCUGCGAACUUCAUCCUGAAGGUCAUCCAGAGCUGCUUCCUCAGCAACAGGAGCCGGACCUACGACAUGAUCCAGUACUAUCAGAAUGACAUCCCCUACUGACGGGGCCGUGCAGCCCCGGCCAGAAGCUGCCCUGCAAUCAUGGAGCCAAGCGCCCGCCUCCACUCAGCCCAGCUGUCCCUCCAGGUGGCACCCCCACCCCGCCCCGCGGUCAGAGCGGCUGAACGGCCAGGGGCGUGUCACAGAGAGCGAGCUGCGGCGACAAUCGGAUGGGUGCCAUCUGCACAGUUGUGACCCUUCCUUUGCACUGGACACAUUCCCUCUGUCUCACUGGCACCCACAGGCAGGGCCGGGGCUGGGGAGGCUGGGGAGGCUGAGGGAGUCGCCUCCACUUCGAGCUUCAUGGAGGGAGACUGUGUGGGCUGGUUCGAGCCCCAGGUCUCCCCAGCCAGCCUACGUGUGGUCAUGAGGCGCACACACAGCACUCCACACACUAGAGGCUGACUCCCCCACUUCCUGUCCUCUCCUGCUCACAGUGGCCCUGUCCUGGGGCUCCAGGCUCCCCUUUUCAAAGAGACCUUGAUGACCACGUGCACCUCUGUAAAAACCCCUGCCACUCAGGGGCUCGUCUGGGGUUCUGCCAGCACCCCCAGGGGCACCUGGGACCCCCACCCAGCACCAGUACCCCCCAGGGGCUCCCAAGCUCUCCCAUGACUGGCGUUUCCCAAGAGUCAAUUAAGACCUCUGGAGUUGAUUAGGUUCUGACACUGAUGCAACCCAGAAUUAGCAAAAGGAGAGAAAAUAUGUUCUGAUGAGUCCUCCACCUAAUUCUGUCCAGUUAUUCUAAGUUCACACCUGCAGGGAGUGGACUAUGAAUAUUUAUUUAUAUCCUGGUUUUUUCAUCAACUUUGUGAAUCUAAUUAACUUGCUGCCAUGAGAACCUGGCUGUGGCUGUGGCUGUGGCUGUGGCUGUGCUAAGUUGGGGCUGGGGCUAGGGCAGACUGGGCU